AUGGCAGGGGCCACAAAAGACCUCUGGACCCAAGUCGUGGACCAGCUCUCCCAAACCCAGAAGAACAGCAGUGACUUCAACGCCAUCGACUGGCAGUGCCACAAACGAGUCGACAUACUCCGUGAUGUUCUUACCCUCGUGCGCGCCCGCCAACAAGAGUGUCUAGAUCGGCGGUGGAAGCUCAGUCAUAAUGGUCAGACCGUCGUCCUUCACGAAUAUCUCGACAAGGCAGCCCUGUGGGUGAAGCGAUUCAUCGAAGUAGGCGACGCCUGCGUGCAGUAUGAUACGGCGCAUAUGUCGCUCCCAUGGGGCGGUAUCCGAUUCCUUCUCCGGGUCGUCGUUAGCGAUAUUGAGACGAUGGCGUGCAUGAUGGAGGGCGUGGAGGCUAUGGCAGCUGUCAUUACGCGAUAUGCGAUCUACGAAAGGGUGUAUCUGGGUCGGGCUUCGUCCGUCCAGAAGGAGCUGGAAGAUGCUAUCAAGGCGAUGUAUGUGGAUGUUUUGAUGUACCUGCUGACGGCGAGGAGGUACUUCUUGAAAAGCAAACUCAGUGAGGGUCCUCAGUCUGUCCCCAUAUGGAGCUUUAACAUAUUCAUGCCAAGAUGUACAUAG